AUGAGAUUAGAGUCGUAUUUCUACGUAUUUGUAAUAUUUCUAACCCUCAACGUUUCACAGGUAAGUGGCAAAAGAAACAUUAAAUUUCAUUGUCGUUAUCCUGGCUACAGGCACCGACAUGCAUUAAGGUCCAGACACACCGAACGCGACGCGAAUUUUCAGUUUUUAAAAACAAAUAAAACCGUCAACGGAUAAAAAUUUGUAAAAGUUGUAAAUAGGCAAAAGUUGUGUAGUGUAAAUCGAUCUAAAUUAAACUUCGAAAUGAACGAGCUAUUCACUACUAUUACAAAUUUAUCACCAAAUUUCCUGUUUUGACUUAGAUUGAAAGAGUAUAUUAUAGUAUCAUGAUUUUAUGAACUAGCUGAGAGGGGCCUAACUAUAGGCUAGGAAUACGAUAAGUUGUGUUCGCACUGUUUGACAGCUUGUUCCCAGUUGUAAUAAGUUUGGAACAAGCUUGAUGGCAUUUAUCAGACUUGUUGCAAGUUUGUUCCAACAAGUCUGAUACAGUCAUUGAUAUAGCAAGAAUGUUACAAGGUUGACGACACAAGGUUGUAACAGUACUGUUAUAUCAUGACUUACCGGACUUGUUGGAAAAACCUUGCAACAAGUCUGAUAAAUGCCAUCAAGCCUCUUACAAGUUGUUAACAGCUUGUUCAAAACUUGAUCGUGCUUAGUGAAACACGAAUAGUAAUAAUUCAUGAGGAGAAUUCAAAAGAAAUGAAUGUUUAAUCAAUGUUUGUAAAUCGGAUAAAGAUUUGUCCUGAUUUACAUAAACUUCAGCUUUGAUUUUCUCGGCUUAGACAAUGUUUAUUUUUAAAAUUACUUCGCCAAUGAACUCAUAAAACAUAAGAUGGGUCGUUUUAUAAGCACGAUAAAACAUUCGCAUCAGAUCUUUAUCUGAUGUACAAACUCUCGCUUUCGGCUCGAGUUUUUAUAUCAGAUAAAGAUCGGCUGCUCAUGCUUGAAAUACUGAGUACUUAAACAUUAGCAAACAUUUUACAAUAUUUUUAGAAUGGGGUGGACAGUCUUAACAACAUUGGUUUAAUGGUGUACAACCUUACACGUCUACCAACGAAUGAAACGUGUGAUGCUGGAGACGGAAACUGCAAAUACUCUAUGACCUUACGCUUCUUAUUUUCUGAAAAGCCCGACGUUUUACUUUUUACUCUCCCAACAUUAACAUGGGUGAUACAACCAGGGCAGAGCAAGAUAAUUAACAUUUAUGAAGACGUUGCCAAAGACACAUCUAACCCUCUGAGAGUGGAGAUCUAUCAAUUAUGGAACGCGGCAAGUGGAAUAUAG